UUUGUUGCCCAGUCCUUGGCUGCUCAAAAACUGAUGUCAUGUGAUAGGCUUCGUUUGUAGUAGUCGCUGACAGAAGCGGUAAGAGAGAAAGUGGACCGAGACUGUUACUCUUAUUAUAUAGUUUCCCGGGUGGAGUAGUUGGAAAUUGCGUUCGCGUACCUGGCAGACCGUCCAGCGGACGCCAUGGGUUGCUGUUAUAGCAGCGAAAACGAGAACACCGAGCAGGACCCUGACGUGUAUAAGCCGCUGAUCCCCCACCCGAACCCCGACAGCAAGCCCCUCAACAGUACAGAAUGGAGCUCCGCCAGUGUACCCUCAGCACGCACAGACGAACAGGCCCUACUCACAUCCAUCCUCACCAAGACAGCCCUGAACAUCAUUGAUGUCUCGGCUGCAGACUCUCAAGGCAUGGAGCAGCAUGAGUACAUGGACAAAGCUCGGCAAUACAGUACAAAACUGGCAUUGUUGAGUAACAGUCUGUCUCAGAAGAAGCCCCUCCCUCUCCCUUCACUCACCAGCCAGCCGCACCAAGUGCUCGCUAGUGAUCUGGUGCCAUACUCCGAUGUACAACAGGUGUCCAAGAUAGCUGCCUAUGCUUACAGUGCAAUCUCUCAGAUCAAGGUGGACGCUAAAGAAGAACUAGUGGUUCAAUUUGCCAUCCCCUGAUCUGCCCUCCAUAAUACCCCCUGUCCUGUCUCCCAUGCCCGACCCUGCAUCCAUGUGUCUCAGUCCUUGUGCUACCCAGCUAUGUGACUAGCAACCUGCUGCUACAGCUGAGGAUUAUGACAACCAGAUCUCCCCUGCUGAGAGGGUUAACCGACCUCCCCGCUUGACCUACCUCCCCCCCCCUUGACCUUUCAAAGCCAUCAUUCAUCCUUCCUUCACGAGGGAUGUCAAGGAAUUUUAAAACUCAUCGCAGUAUAACGAUAAUGACUGUCUUUUGUUUUUGUUAUUUUAAAGUUUUGAAGAGUGACUGAGUCUAAUGACUAAACGGUUAGCUAGCUGCGUGGCAUGGCUAGACUGUUCUGACUCUGCGUUUUCAGGAGUAGCUAGCCUCUUCUGAUAUGCAGCUACGGUAAUGUACUAACUAUGCUGUUGUUCUGACACUGUGUGAACCCGUCACCCAGAACACACAUCCCACCCCUCAUGUCAUCAAUACAAAUAUCUAGAAAGAGCCAUCGCUAUAGUUUUCCAUAUCUUUGUUGGAAUCCUUAGAUUGACCUGAUGUAGUAAGACAGAACUGGGUUGGGUAGGUUUAAAAACAACAGGGACUUAGAUUCUAUAGUUGAACGAAUGGUCAAAUCCGACAUGACCCGAAUGAGUCUUACUUUGAGAUCUGCUCAUGCUGGUAGAGUGCAGGGGCGAAUGGGGGGUGGGGGGACAGGUGUGGGAAUCCACAUAGUUUUCUCUGCCUCUGAUUUCUAGCAGAAACAUGCUUCCUCUUAGCACUUCAAUCAUUUAGCUGGCAGUCCUUGGAUUCAUAUCUUUUAGAUUUCACAGAAACAAUAGAUGGGGGUGGGGGUCUAGGUGGAUGGGUAGUGUUCAGGGGCUUGUAAUGUAAAUUAAUCAGUUAAGUGUUUAUGCCUUCUAUGUACAGAUUUGUGACUCCGUCAGAAGCAAGAAAUGGAUUCUAUGCACCUCCCCUUUUUGUAGAGCGUCUGUUGGUCAGGAUUGGCUAAAGCUCCAAUGGGGCGGUUUUAGGAGCCAAUCAAAACUAAGGAUACAGAAACCCAGUUUUUAUGACAAGAACCCCUAUUAACAUCCAAGUUUGUUUGAUUUUUAAACAAAACAACAGAUUGUAAUGAGUUACUUAAAUUAACCUAGAAAAGAACAUCUAUCAUGGCAGUUUGGGAUAAACAACCAUAACCUUGGUAUCCUCAAUUAAAACGAUCAGAGGUGUUAGUGAUUUAUUCGUGUGUGCGUGCUUCUGGGGUCAUUAAAUGGAUGGUCUGGAAGGCUGUGUCCACAAGACCUUUAAUUUGGACUUUUUGCAGUGUGCUGAGAACGUUACGUUUGUUUUCGUUAUUUCAAUGUGUAAUAUUACUGGGAUUACAUUGUUAAUUUCUUAGGCUAGUACCAAAAUGUUUAAGAUAUUCUGUUACAUCCCCCCCCCCCCCUCCCAUUUAAUUAUGUAAUGCAUUAAAGACGUUCAACAAUGA